AUGGUAAAAAUUAGAUAAUUAAUAUUAAAAACUAUUUUUCUGCUGAAAAUUUUCUCUAUUCUCCUGCGAGAUGGGUAAAUUAUUUUUCCAUGUUAGAAUUCUUAGGAUUAAGCCAAGGGGAAGCCUUGUCAAUAGAUCCAAUGAAAUGCGCAUUACAACAGAGGUGAAUUUCUAAUAGAGCUCUAGUAUUAACUUUUAUAAAAUUAGGUUCUCUAAAUUGAUUUUGGCAAGAGAGGAUAGAAGAUCAUUAUAGAAUAGAUAGGCAUGAAACACUAAAGGUUAAUGUUAUUUAUUUGAAAAUAGGUUUUAUUUUGGUUUAAUAGAAAUAAAGACAAUAAUCAGGAUGAAACAGCUGUGUUAGUCAUUUUUCUUAUAUUAUUAUUUAUUUAGUGUAUGAAAGACCAAUUUUGAAUUAGUUUUAAAGGUUCUCUAUCAAAAUCAAUAUUGUUCAGAUUACAAAAAUAAAUUAUAGGAUUGUUAAAAUGUCC